ACCUCCCAAAACAUUUUAACGACAGUCCACUUGACAUAGCAAUUUCCCGUCCGGACAUGGCAUGUUUGCAUUAUUCAUGACAAUCGAAGAGUGGUUGUGCAACACAAAGGAUAAGAUGUGAAGACCAAAAAAUGGGAGCCGAAACAGAUCUUCAUAGAUUGGUAGAUUUAGCCUUGCGUUCUCCGGAUGCAGGUGUCGUGAACUUCAAUCAUCUUCACUCUCUUCUUCACGCUAUUUUGAAUCACAUUGGCCUGAGUUACGACCCGCAGAAUGGAGUGCUAAAUACUCAGUUAGCUGCUGCUCAUGUUGAAGGAAAGGACAAAAGUACUUCAUUUGAGCAGUUAAAUGGACCAGGUAAAAAGAUUUCCGACGCUGACAAUUCCAAUCGUGAUGAUAAUCGCCGGGAUCAAACAACGAGUCAGUUGGACCAAAGAAGCAACUUCGACAGUUUGCAGAUGAGGCAACAAAACCUUGAGAAUAAAGUUCAAGAACUAGAGGACAGAUUAAAAAUCCUUGAUAACCUUCCAUCUACUCAGUUUAUAAUUGAACAGGCGCAAAAAGAUUUAGGUGUAACCCAAGAAAAUGUAUCCAAUCAAAAUGUGCUUUCUGGAAUGUGGCAGUUUAUGAAAUUUAACAGGAGGCUUCAGGCCACAGAAGAGGGUAUUGAUAGAGUAAUGACCAUUUUGAAUGAAUUUCUUGGAAGUGAUGGGAAAGGAAUCGCUGGAGUGAAAGGUGAAGUGGAGGAUAUUGCCAGUGAACUUAGAAAUCUGAAAGAAAGAUUUCUUGGUCAAAAGCCACUUCAAGAUGAUAAUCUCGGAGAGAAUCUGUCAGAAGGGAAAUCCGAUGACACCAAGAACUCUCAGUUACUGCAGCAACAGCUGCAUUCUCUGGAAAAACAACUUAAGGAUAAAUUUGUGGCAAAGGAUGACUUGUCAGUUUAUGUUAAAUGGCCUGCCCUUGAAGAGGCUCUGAAUGUAAGGAAAUCAGACUUCGAAAAGAAAUCUAAAGAGGAUGGUGGUGUUCUUGAUAAAGAACAAGGCUUUGUGUUAGGCAAAGAACAAGGUAGUGUUUUAGAAAAGGCAUUUGAUCAUUUUGAAAGUGAAAAUAAGGCAUCCGAUACAGAGUCAGAUGGGCGUCCACAGAGUGCUCCAGUGCCAUCUACCCAACAGACACCAGUGCAGACACCUGAGGUCCCUAAGACUGCCUUCACAAGGAGUACACAGGUAAACAUUCAAGAAAUGCCCUUGGUAGCUGACCACCCUUCUCAAGAAAUGGUAGAAUGUCUUAGGCAAAUUGGGGAGCUAUCUGACAAACACAAUGUGGUAGAAAAGAAAAUUAUGAAUGUUAUGGAAGCUCAAGAAGAAAUAGCAGGAGAGCUAGCCAAAGUGGAAGAGACACUCCCACAGAAAAUUAGCAAAGAAGAUUUACACAUUCCUGAUGACUUGCAAGAUCAACUGGCCUUGCUAAAACAAGGUUUGGAAUUCCUCAAUACAAAUCAAGACUUGGUGGCAUUGGCUGAAAUCAAGAAAAUGGCUCAGGAUAACAAGGAGCAUAUCGAAGCACUUAAGCGUGAACUGGCCAUCCUUGCAAGGCAGAGCAAACAACAACCAGCUUUCACAGGAGUGGUCAGCCAAUCACCCGCUGUGGACAGCAGUGUUCUUGAUGCUAUAAGAGAACAUUUAAAUGAGCUUCAAACUCAACAGGAAAAACUUGCCAUAGCUACAGAUAGGCAAACCUCUGAAGUUGUGGGAGAUCUUUCCAGAAAACAGGAACACAUUGAAGCCUUGUACAACUAUGUUGAAAAACUGCAAGAGAGCAAAGCGGAUAAGGAAAAUGUAGCCAUGGAAAUGGACAUUAAAGCUGAUAAGGCCUCACUGGACAGUAAAGUGAAUAUAUCAACAUUUGAUAAUACAUUUAGCAUGCUUGACGAAGGGCUUAGAGAAGCACUACAGAAAAUGGAUGAUUACAUGAAUGAAGAAAUGGCAUUAAAACAAGCACUGAAGCAACUGUCCGUUGAUAUGUCAGAAAAGAUGGAUGGCCAAGCUUUCCAGGCACUAAAAAACUACCUAGAAAGGCGUAUAGCAGAUGUACAGAAGUCCAGGAACAUGAUUGCAGCAGAAGCAAAAGUGGAUUUUUCGGAUGCAGCUGGCUUCCGCAGACCCAUCAAGUUUAACUGUAUCUCAUGUAGUAGACCUGUGGAACUUCCUCUCAGGGGACCCCUCCAGGCCAACCUGCCAGCCCCCAGGGGGGUUCGGACGAAAAGGUCCAAGGGCCCAUAUCUGUCAUACGAAAUGGAUCAGGUGAGGAUUGCUGUUUCUUCUUAA